AUGGAUGGCCCCCUGGUUCUGUGGAAUGAGGCAGAGGUCGAAAAAAGAAAGUAUCCAGAACUUAUGGGAUAUGAACACGAACUUCCACCAAGCAUAAGCCAUAUCUACGAUCAAGAGAGCUGGAACGUCGCUGUGGUUCAUGCAACCACAAUAAGUAAAGGAUCUAGAUAUCUGUGUUUAUUCGUGCAGCGUCCGGUCAGUACGGAGGAUGGAAAACAUGUGAUAACAGAGACGGGGACGAAAGUGGGACCCACCUCAAAACACAGAGAUGUGGAAGAAGAGAAAAGUGAUGAGGAAGACCAGGAGAGAGGGGACGAGGAAAGACUGAAAAGAAAUAUCAGAGAUUUAAACGCCAUCAUAACAAGGAUUAAUCAAUUAAUAGCUGAAAAAGACCUAAGCAAGGCAAACCAGCGAAGCAUCCCGCCACUCAAGAUCCAAAUCUGA